AUGUAUGAAAACAUCACAAAAUCAUCCAAUUCAGCUUCUUCUUUGCCUAAUUUUAUCUUAAAAAACAUAAAUUCAAACACUUUGGAUUCAAUCUUCUCAAAUAACUCAUUACCCACAUCACCAUCCCCUGUUUUUCCCGCUCAAUCGGGUUCUUCGGUUUACCUCAAACAAAGAGAACAAUUCUUGAAUUUAUCUGCAAAUUUGAACUCCAAACAGAAUUUCACGACAAACCCAUUUGGAUUUAAUAACUAUUUAAUCAAUCCUUACAAGAAAAUGAAAUUGUAUAGAGGGGUGAGGCAGAGGCAAUUGGGAAAAUGGGUGGCAGAGAUCCGAUUACCGGGUAAUCGAAUGAGGUUAUGGUUAGGGACUUAUGAAACAGCUCAGAUGGCUGCAUAUGCUUAUGAUCGAGCUGCGUAUAAGCUACGUGGCAAACAGGCCCGUUUGAACUUUCAAAAUGGAGUUCCAGUUGGGGUGAUUGGUGAUUUGAAGAGGUUGAAUGCUUUAAAGAUUGCUGUAGAUAACAAGAUUCUGACGACUUGUCAGAAAUUGAAAAAAGCCAAGGUUAAGAAGAAGGAGAGGGUACAGGCCGAGGCAACUGUCGCGAAUGAAGGACUUUCGAAUACGUUUUCUUAUUCGGGUGAGUUUCAGAUGGUUGCCGUGGCGGGGAAGGAUGGUUGUUUGUUGGCCGGAAUGCCAUCUUAUGAUCCGGAUUUAAUAUGGGAAAUACUUGCUAACUAG